GGAGACUGAAACACAGCAUGCAGCACACAAGCAAAAUGUUCAACCAAACAAAACACAAAUCAAGAACUACACACACCUGGCAAGUGUGGACCAUCUACAUGGUCUUAGCUGCAAACCUCUCUGAAGAGCAAGUGCUGAACCAGGCUUGUCCUUCAUGUGAUGCCACUCAGCUUUGCAACUGCUCUUCCAUGGAUUUGGAAUUUAUUCCCCCAGGGCUCACUGGCAAAAUCACAGUGUUAGACCUGGCCCACAACAGGAUAAAACACAUCCGAUCCCAGGAUCUGCAGCAGGCUGUGAACCUGAGAGCCCUGCUGCUGCAGUUCAAUGAAAUCAGCUCAAUAGACGAGGACUCGUUUCGCUCCCUUGGGAAACUGGAGCUCUUGGACUUAUCAAGUAACAGCUUGGCUCACUUGUCCCCUGCGUGGUUUGGGCACCUUUUCUCGCUCCAGCACCUCCACCUUCAAGGGAACUCCUACAGAGACCUGGGGGAAAGCUCCCCGUUUUCUAACCUGCGGAACCUGAGCUCUCUCCACCUGGGCAACCUGCGGUUCUCCAUGAUAAGGCAAGGAAACUUUGAGGGCAUUGCGGUUCUUGACAAGUUGUGGAUUGAUGGUGGCAAUCUCAGCCAGUACGAGCUGGGAAGUUUGAAACCGAUUAAGAAGAUAAAUCACAUGAUCAUAAACCUAAGAAAUACUAAUGUAUUCUCAGCAAUUGUCAGGGACCUUCUGCACUCUGUCAUUUGGUUAGAAGUGAGAGAAAUCAAAUUAGAGAUUGAAAAAAAAAGCUUGGUGCAGAACUCUACACUUCCUUUUAGGAUACAAAAACUUACAAUUAAAGAUGCUUCGUUCACAGACCAACAUAUUAGCCGAAUAAUAGUAUUACUGAAGGAAAUCACAUCUUUGCAAGAGUUAGAGGCAAUCGAUUGUGUGCUUGAGGGGCAAGGAGCAUGGGAUACUGAAGAAAUUGCAAAGAGUGGGCAAAGUUUUGUUGAAGCAGUAUCACUAAUAAAUAUAAUGAUUCAGAAUUUUCACUUGUUUCUAGACCUGGAAGGUAUGGAGUCACAAAUAAACAAACUGAAAAGACUCACCAUUGCAGGCUCUAGAGUUUUCAUGGUGCCAUGCAAACUUGCAAAAAAUUUUUCAUCACUUCUGUACCUGGACUUUCAUGAUAAUUUGCUUGUAAAUAAUCGCUUAAAUGAGACAAUCUGUGAAGAUGCUUGGCCUUCAUUGCAAUCUUUAAAUCUAAGUCAAAAUUCUCUAAAAUCUCUGAAACAGACUGCAAAUUCUGUAACUCGUCUACACAAACUGAUUAAUCUUGACAUUAGCCAAAAUAAUUUUGGUGAGAUUCCAGAUGCGUGCGAAUGGCCAAAAACCCUGAAAUAUUUAAACCUCUCCAGCACUCAAAUUCCUAAACUAACAACUUGCAUUCCCCCGACACUGGAAGUUUUGGACGUUAGCGCUAACAACCUGAAGGAGUUUGGACUGCAACUGCCAUUCCUCAAAGAGCUGUAUCUCGCAAAAAACCAGCUGAAGACCUUGCCUGGUGCCGCACCCGUUCCUAACUUAGUGGCCAUGUCAAUCAGGAGAAACAAGCUCAACAGUUUCUCCAGGGAAGAGUUUGAGUCCUUCAAGAAAAUGGAGCUGCUAGAUGCCAGUGACAACAACUUCAUCUGCUCCUGUGAGUUCCUCUCCUUCAUCCACCACCAGGCCGGGAUAGCCCAGGUGCUGGUGGGGUGGCCAGACACGUACGUCUGUGACUCUCCCCUGGCAGUAAGAGGGGCGCAGGUUGGAGCCGUGCACCUCUCCCUGAUGGAGUGCCACAGGUCCCUCGUGGUGUCGUUGAUCUGCGUCCUGGUGUUCCUGGUCAUCCUCAUCCUCGUGGCCGUCGGCUACAAGUACCACGCGGUCUGGUACCUGAGAAUGACCUGGGCAUGGCUCCAAGCCAAGCGGAAGCCCAAGCGAGCCCCUCCCAAGGACAUCUGCUACGACGCUUUUGUCUCCUACAGCGAGAACGACUCCGACUGGGUGGAAAACGUAAUGGUGCGGGAGCUGGAGCAGGCCUGCCCCCCCUUUCGGCUCUGCCUCCACAAGCGGGACUUUGUGCCCGGGAAGUGGAUCGUGGACAACAUCAUCGACUCCAUAGAGAAGAGCCACAAAACGCUCUUUGUGCUGUCCGAGCACUUUGUGCAGAGCGAGUGGUGCAAAUACGAGCUGGACUUCUCGCACUUCCGCCUCUUUGAUGAGAACAACGAUGCAGCGAUUCUCGUCCUCCUGGAGCCCAUCCAGAGCCAAGCGAUUCCCAAGAGGUUCUGCAAGCUGCGGAAGAUCAUGAACACAAAGACCUACCUGGAGUGGCCUCUUGAGGAAGAGCAGCAGGAGAUCUUUUGGGAUAACUUGAAAAGAGCCUUGAAGUCGUAG